GUGGAAGCGGCGGGGCGGAAACGGAAGCGAAAGGGCCGGGCCGGGCGAGGUGUGGGCGGCCAUGGCGGCGGGCGGGGAGGAGGAGGGCUGCGAGCAUUACCGGCGGGGCUGCCUGCUGAAGGCGCCGUGCUGCGGGAAGCUGUACGCCUGCCGGCUGUGCCACGACGGCGCCGAGGGGCACCGGCUGGACCGGUUCCGCGUGGCCGAGGUGCAGUGCACCCGCUGCCGCCUCCUGCAGAAGGCCCAGCAGCGCUGCGAGGGUUGCCACAGCCUCUUCGGCGAGUAUUACUGCGGUAUCUGCCACCUCUUCGACCGCGACAAGAAGCAGUACCACUGCGCCGAGUGCGGUAUCUGCAGGAUUGGUCCAAAAGAGGAUUUUUUCCACUGUUCGAAAUGCAACUUAUGCCUAAGCUUGAGUCUGCGAGGAAAGCACAAGUGCAUUGAAAAUGUCUCCAGGCAGGACUGUCCAAUAUGUUUGGAGGAUAUUCAUACUUCUCGUGUUGGAGCUCAUGUUCUGCCCUGCGGUCACCUCCUUCACAGAACAUGUUACGAGGACAUGCUAAAGGAAGGUUACAGGUGUCCUUUGUGCAUGCACUCGGCUUUAGAUAUGACAAGGUACUGGCGUCAGCUGGAUGAUGAAGUAGCACAGACUCCUAUGCCCACAGAGUAUCAGAACAUGAUGGUGGAGAUCCUUUGCAAUGACUGCAAUGCCCGGUCUACAGUGCAGUUCCAUCUCCUAGGCAUGAAGUGCAAAAACUGUGACUCCUACAAUACUGCCCAAGAUGGAAGAUGCCGACUGCCUUUGGAGGAGCAGUGACCAAGAUAGGUGCUGCAUUCAGCUGGAUGAGGAAGACUCUGCCAUGGAAGAGACCAUCUAUUAAAAAAAAAAAAACAAACCACCACUUGUCAGUAAAAAUUUAUUCCAAGUCGUCAUGGCAGCAGUGAAAUGGUUACAAGAUUUAAUUAAUGCUGGUGCAAAGGAGUUUCGCUAAUUGUGCCCCCCUCCGUAGUAUCUGGGGCACAGCGCAGUCAGGCCCUUCAGGGUAGUCCCCAUCGAGCAGCGUGCUGCCCGAUGAAGGUUAGUUCCUAGAGACAAUGGCACCCUUUAAAAGAGCCAUUUACUGUGUCAGAGAAGGGACAGCCUAGAAGAAUAACUAAUGAGAUGCACAAUGGAAAUUAUAAGCAGCUGACACAGCAGAAGAUGUUUUGGGGCAGCUGAAGGUUGUGAGCAUAACAGGAGGUGGAGGUAUAGCUGUUCUGAUUGCAGCUGUUGGAGAAAAUUGGUAGCUUUGAGAGUGGCCUCUUUACAUAAAGCUGACAUCCGCAAAGUUUUGUGCGAGUACAUUUUGUUCCUUUUAAAUGAUGUGUUUGUUCUAGGGCCUCGGAGCCAUCGGCGCAAGUGUCUGGAGAGGGUGAGCUUGCAGAAAUUGCAUCCCUUGGCUUGAUUUGUCGACACGUGCGCACACACAGCACCCGUACAGAAUUCACUUUGAAACGAGGCUGGCCUGCUCGCAUAUGUGCGAUGAACGGCCUAAAAUUCAAGCCGCAAGGCCACCCUUCUCCCCAGGACACCCAUUUGACGUGCUGUCUCUUCACUCGGAUUCCUUUGCCAGCUGCAGUCAUGUUUACACCCAUUUCUUCCUCAUUUUGCUUUAUUUGCUUACAAAGGCCGAGGUGUUGUAGGGUUUUAGGCAUAUAUGUAGCUUGAUGUUUUGAUGGUUAAGCACAUAAGUGAAGCACAUACUAUUGUCUUGUCAGGAUUGACAUUGGGCCAACUAGUUGGGCUGAGCCUGAGAUGUUUGCUAAAGUAACAGCAGUUCAUAGAGGCACUCGAGUAGUGCAGGGACCAAUUUUCUGUGGUUUGGGGUUUUUUUAAUAGUAUCUGAUUUCACUGGGGGGGGAGCAUGGAGGAGUGCUUUUAAAAAACACAACCCAACAAACCUUCCCACCCUUUUUCAUGUAAUAGCCUGCCCACAGUGUUUUGCAGUCUAAAUAUUGCAGAAAGUUCUUAGUUCUGAGAAUUUCAGAACAUGCAAAUAGUUUCCAAUAAUGAAGUAAAAAAAAAAAAGCCCAGUUACUCUUCACCGUACAAUUACUUGUUUUUACCUUGUUCUAUGGUAAAACAACAGCUUUUCUUAAUCUGACUGUGCCCCUCUAUGUACGAAAUACGAGGACUGGGAUGCUAGCGUUACUGUAGCUUGCCUUUACGGGAGUAUCUUUUUCUGAAGCACUUUUCUCACUGCUAUAAAAAAAUGUAAAAUAACGUCUCUAUUAAAACAAAUUACGCUA